AAUCGAUACAGUGGGCCGCGUACCAACUAAUAUGACGCCUUUAAUAGUAUUCCCUCAUGCUCUUACUCAUAAAACGCAACGUACGAUGCUACGAUCGGAAAACUACUUAUGUAGACUGGCUUGCCUCUUGCUCGUGCUCACUCAUACGUAACCUUUAUACACCAGAAAUUGCCCUUACCAAAACCGCAACCAUGGCACCAACUGAGUUCAUUAGCUUGACUUUCCCCAACCAGUCGACGGAGCUGGACCCAAACCCUAAUGCCUCGAUUGAGUCGGCAUUCCUGGCCCGUUACGCCCGUAACUUGGAUGACUAUGACUUUAACUACACACUUGUCCCCUAUGGAUCAUCGUCAUACGACCCCUUCACCAUCGGGGCUACCAUCGCAGCCCACACCAAGAACCUGAGAAUCAUCAUUGCCCUGCGACCCAACACCAUAUACCCCACCGUGGCGGCAAAAGCCCUAGCGACGCUGGACCAGCUCAGCUCAGGCCGGGCCGUCGUGCACUUUAUCGCGGGCGGCAGUGACGCCGAGCAGGCCAAAGAAGGAGACUUCCUCAACAAGGAGCAGCGCUACGGCCGGCUUGAGGAGUACAUUCGGAUCCUUCGUCGUGCCUGGUCGUCGCCCGAGCCCUUCGACCACGAGGGCACAUACUACCAGUUCAAGCAGUUCAGCAACCAAGUCCGCCCCGUGAACGGCAAAUCCAUCCCCGUGUCCGUGGGCGGAUCCUCAGACGAAGCAUACCGUAUCGGCGGCUCGCUGGCCGACAUCUUCGGGCUCUGGGGCGAGCCGCUCAAGGAGACCAAAGAACAAAUCAGUCGCAUCUAUGCCGAGGCAGACAAGGCCGGUCGUGGAGCCGACGACAGGCCGCGCAUCUGGGUCACUUUCCGUCCCAUUGUGGCGGAGACCGACGACCUGGCCUGGGAGAAGGCCCACCGCACCCUCGAUGCUCUCAAGGGGUUCCGCGAGAAGGGGUUGGGGAAAGCUCCUGCGGACGCACCACCGCCGCAAAAUGUGGGCUCACAGCGGCUGCUCGAAAUUGCCAAGAGGGGAGAGGUGCAAGAUCGGGCGCUCUGGUACCCAACAGUGACGGCGACAAAGGCAAGGGGGGCCUCAACGGCGCUCGUGGGCUCGUGGCAGACCGUUGCUGACUCCAUCCUGGAUUAUGUUGAUCUAGGAUGCUCGUUGAUCUCGAUUCGCGGCUAUGAUAACUUAAAUGAUGCCAUUGAUUAUGGACGCCAUAUUCUGCCCAGAGUGCGUGGCGUGCUGGCUGCGCGGGAAAAUGGCUCUCAGGUCGCGUCAGGCUGAUGGGUCUCUUGUAUCAAACAAACUCAUGUUUGGCACUUACAUUGUUCCGAAACGAAAAUACCAAUGCUUCCAGUCACUGAAAUGUGUUUAAUUCUCGAUUCUUGACCAAAACCCCUCAUUACACUGUACCUUGUGACUCUGAUCUCGUAUUUCAUCCGUGUGAUCUCAUCUCACCAUAGAUAUAAUAAGUGGCACAAUGGAAUGAUAUGAUGACCACAGCAUGUUACCCGCCUUGAAUUUAGCUGAUAGAGCAC